GGCGAGGUGUAUACCAAGCUGCGCUUCAGCUUCGACUGGACGUUCGUCGGCGUCGAGCUCUUCACCAGCAGCGCCGAGGAGAAGAGCGGCGUCGACUGCAAGAACGAGCAGCUGGCGUUGGGUACGUUCGGCCUGCACCAGCUGGCGGUGACAGGGCGAAUGGAGUCGGACGGCGCCGUCGAGUGUCGCGUCUCGCUCAGCGAUUGCGUGCUGCAGGACACUAGGCCCGACAAGGAGACAUGUUUCCCGCGCCUCAUGGAGAAGGUGACGCGCGUCGGCAAGCCCACAGCCGGCAUGAUCAACGUCAUGUUCAGUCAGAAGGCCAACCAGGACAAAACUCUCGAGGUCAGGGUAUCGAGCGUGUCGCUGAUCCUGUUCCUGCCGUACCUGAUGUUGCUGAUGGAGUUCUUCACCAAGAACAUGCCGGAGGCGCCCAAGAAACCGCCGCCUUCGGCGUCCAAGCCGGCCGGCGGGAAGCCGCAGCGGCCCACCACGCUGGAGCCGCCGCGGCCGGCAGCCAGCGCGCCGGCCAGCGGCCGGCUGACUCUCCAGCUGACGGUCGAGCGGCCCGACGUCGCGCUCGUCGAGGACCUCAAGGACAUCAACACGCGCGCCGUGGUGUUCGACAACGAGGUUCGUCUGAAGGUGCAGCAGACGGCCGAGAAGACCAACAUCAUGGGUGACAUCAGCCGGGUCCAGCUGUUCACCUGCGUCUACAGCCCGGAGCAGCGCGAGAAGACCAUGAACGAGAUCGUCAGCCCGUUCUCGGUGUCGGUGAUUGGCAGCAUCACUGAGGGCCGCGGCACACGGCUGCAGGUGGAGGUCACCGAUGUCAAGCUGCAUGUCAACGCAGCGGCCAUCCACCUGCUGACGUCCAUCAGCUCGGGCCUGACGGGCUCCAGCGUGCGCGCCGAGGCGCCGGCGGCCGGCCCGCCCAGCUGGGGCAGCCUCUGGGACACACACCAGCUGCGCACCCUCGACUUCUGGUUCAUGCAGACGGAGGUUGGGGAGGAGAUGUGCGAGGAGGUUCCGGUGCCGGCGCUGCCCGCUGCCAGCGGCGGCGUCCGUCAGGAGGAGGAGCUCAUCUUCAAGGCGCGCUCGCUCAGCGUCACCGUCGAGCAGGUGGUCGGCGCCCGGAACGUGCCGCUCGUGCUGCUGGACGCGGCGUUCGAGGCCCAGGUCAAGGACUGGAGCUCCAAGCUGCUGGCCGAGUCGUCGCUGACGCUGGAGCUGGCGUAUUACAACAGCCGGCUGGCCGCGUGGGAGCCGAUCAUCGAGUGCGUGGAACGCCGCGAGUCGGGCAUGGUCUCCUUCUCGCCCUGGGAGCUGCACAUGAAGGUGGAGAAAAACGACGACGUGCUGGACGUGGCGUCGCCGCUGUCCCCAGCUUCGGAGAGCGGGGCCGACUCCGUCAACUUCCUGCCGCCCGUCAUGAGUGUGACUGUCAGCACUAAGGACCCGCUGGAGAUGACGGUGACCAGGACGUGCCUGGACGUGCUGACGUCGCUGCAGGAGUCGCUGGGCGGCGCGCUGGAGCUGACGCCGCCCGUCGCCGACGAGACGGAUGCCCACUUCCUGAUCCGCAACCGGCUGGAGCAGCAGGCCGUGGUGGCCACCGGCUCCGAGUACACGGUUCACGGCUCCGACAUCGAGGAGGUGGUGCUGGAGCAGGGCGCUGAAGUACCGCUGAUGGCGCGUGACCUGUCCUCGCUGCAGCGGCCGGGCACGUCGACAGCGCUGGACUCGAACAGAACCAUCCACAUCAAGGUGCCGUCCCUGGGCUGGAGCGCCGACGUUCCCGUGACGCGGGCUGAGAGCCGCUUCUUCCGGGUGGCGCGGCGGCGGCCGGACGGCGCCGAGUGCGGCCUGGUCGCCGACAUACGCGCCCACUUUGACUCCAAGAUCGUGACGCUGCGCAGCUGUGUACAGGUGGAGAACCACCAGAGCGUGCCCGUCAAGGUGUACUACAUGAACAGCGGCGGCAACGAGCUGCAGUGUGUGGGCGUGGCCGAGCCGGACGGCAUGCUGCCGCUGCCGCUCUCGGCCGUCUACAGCAGCACAGCCGAGCUCUUCUUCGGCGUGGACGGGUACACGGUGUCCCUGCUGCCGUUUGUCUGGCGUGACCUGCAGAAGAACCCCGACCUGACGAUGACGCUCAAGUGCGACAGCAAGAGCGGCCAGCCCGGCCAGCCCUUCUGCAUGCUGUGUCACGGCGAGAUGAAGCCGGUGCUGUUCGAGACGUCGCGCGCCAAGACGCUGGCCAGCCGGACGUACCGGGUGCACCUGCGGCCGCCGGCCGUGCUCAGCAACCUGCUGCCGGUGGCGCUGACCUACCUGCGGCCCGGUGACCUGGAGCCGGUCACGCUGGAGCCGGGCGGCUCGUGUCAGAUGCCGACGGCGCAGACCGGCGACCGGGUCGCGCUCCAGCUGCUCAGCUACCUGGACCGGCGCUGGUCGUGCAGCAAGCAGCUGGAGGCCGAGCCGGACGAGCUGACGGUGUGGACGUUCCUGUCGGCCGACGGAGACUACCAGACCGACCUCAGCCUGGGCAUGCACACGCGCACCGUGUGCGGCUCGCAGCUGAUGUCGCUCUACGCCCCCUUCUGGAUGAUCAACCGCACCGGCAAGAUGCUCACCUACAAGAAUUGUCUCGAUGAGGUACACUCUGUCAACGAAACAUCCAACCUGAUCUACCACCCGGAGACCUUCCUGGAGCCGGUGCUGUUCUCCUUCAAGCCGAGCUCGUUCUUCUCCAAGAAGAAGGCGGCGGUGCGCGUGGAGGACUCCGAGUGGUCGGACAAGUUCUCCCUGGACACGGUUGGCAGCGGCGGCACCGUCACCUGCGCCACCCACAACUGGGACUACGGGAUCAGCGUCCAGAUCCAGCUGAGCCAGUCGGGCCUGACGCGCCAGGUGUACCUGCUGCCGAGCGUGGUGCUGGCCAACAGCGCGCCGUUCGCCAUCCAGGUGCACGAGCCGGCGCCCGAGGAGGAUUGGAUCACCGUGCCCGCCAACACGUCGCAGCCGUUCUGGCCGCGCGACAGGGCGAAGGAGCUGCGCUGCCGCGUGGCCGACACCAGCGAGGAGACCACGUACUUCUCCUACAAGAGCACCAACACUUGCCUGCUCCACCUGAGCAACACUUACGGUGGCAUCAGCAUGAGCGUGCAGGUGUCCGAGGCCUCCACCAUCAUCACUCUGGACGACUACGUCGACGGCAUGGCCGCCGUCCGCCUCAUCAACAACACCGACAACGAGGAGGUCGCCUACCACCAGAAACGCUUCGAGCCGCACAGCGUGCUGAAGCCAGGAGAGGUGCGGCUGUACACGUGGCAGCGGCCGGCCAGCGAGCGGCAGCUCUCCUGGAGCUGCGGCAAGGUCAAGGAGCGGCUCGACACGCUGGUCAAGGAUGGCAUCGGCCAGUUUGAGGGCAAGGACGGCAACCUGCUGUACUGGGUCAGCUUCCUGGACGGCAUGCAGCGCACGCUGAUGUUCACGACGGACGUGGUCGUCGCCACGCAGGCGCACAACGCCGUGGAGCUGGAGAGGAUCGAUCAGGAGAUCACCGUCAGCAUCGAGGGCGUGGGGCUCUCGCUGGUCAACAACGUCUCGCAGACGGACGUCAUGUACAUGGGCAUCACCAGCUCCGGUGUGGUGUGGGAGACGCAGAAGGCGUUGCACAAACGCUACCGAGCCAUGACGAGUCUGCAGUGCUCGAUCCUGGAACGGGCGCACCAGAACUUCAUGAACCAGGUGCAGGUGGGCGGCAACCCUCAGCCGCGCGUCGUGCUCGACAACAAGAUGGAGGUGGACUUCAGCAUCAUGCAGAUGCUGCAACCGAACCGACGCUUCCUGCGGAGGACGUUCCAGAGCGGCUUGUGGCUGCAGCUGCGCACCAGCACCCACCAGCGCCAGCUGCACGCCAAGCUGAACCGGCUGCAGGUGGACAACCAGCUGCUCGACUCGGUCUUCCCUGUAGUGCUGGCGCCCGUGCCGCCGCCCAAGUCCGUGGCGGCCGACAAUGAGCCCAAGCCGUUCGUGGAGAUGUCGAUGGUGGAGCGGCUGGCCGAACACACCUUCAUCAAGCAGUUCAAGUACUGCAAGAUGCUGGUGCAGGAGUUCCACGUCAAGUUGGACCAAGGCUUCAUCAACGCACUGGUGGACGCGCUCAGCGUGGACAAGCUGAACAGGAACACGAAAGAGCUGGUGGAGAGUGAUCUGGAGGUGGCAACGGAGGAGUUGUCGAAGAAGGUGGCCAUCCGAAGCUUGCAGGAGCAGAGGAACUUCUACGACAAUCUCCACUUCUCACCGCUGAAGAUCCACGUGAGCUUCUCGAUGACGGGCGGCGCCAGCUCCAGCUCGGGCGGCAGUCCCCCCAUCACGUCCGGCUUCAUCAACCUGCUGCUGCAGAGUGUGGGCGUCACGCUCACCGAGAUCCAGGACGUCGUGUUCAAGCUGGCGUACUUCGAGCGCGAGCACCAGUUCCUGUCGCAGUCGGAGCUCACCUCCGAGGUGGUGGCCCACUACACGGGCCAGGCGGUGAAGCAGCUGUACGUGCUGGUGCUCGGCCUGGACGUGAUCGGCAACCCGUUCGGCCUGGUGGUGGGCCUGACCGACGGCGUGUCGGACCUCUUCUACGAGCCGAUCCAGGGCGCUAUCCAGGGCCCGGGAGAGUUCGCCGAGGGCCUGGCGCUGGGCGUCACCAGCCUGUUCAGUCACGCGGUGGGCGGCACGGCCGGCGCCGUCUCGCGCAUCACCGGCACUCUGGGCAAGGGCAUCGCAGCACUGACGCUGGACGAGGACUACCAGCAGCGGCGCCGGGAGGCCCUGAACCGGCGUCCGACCGACUUCACCAGCGGCAUCGCCCAGAGCGGCCGCGGCCUCUUCAUGGGCGUGGUGGACGGCGUGACCGGCGUGGUGAAGAAGCCGCUGGAGGGCGCACAGGAGGAGGGCGCGCUCGGCUUCGUCAAAGGCAUGGGCAAGGGCAUGGUGGGCCUGUUUACGCGACCCACCUCCGGCGUGGUGGACUUCGCUAGCGGCUCAUUCGACGCUGUGAAGCGCUGGCGAAAGCAGACGGAUCUUAAGUUGAUAAAAAAGCUGAACAGGACCAUGGACCAGGACGAGGUGACCCGGCUGCGGCCGCCGCGUCACUUCCAGGCGGACCGCAUCAUCCGGCCCUACGUCCGGCACGAGGCCGAGGGCGCUAAGAUGCUACUGGAGCUGGAGAAGGGCCGGUACGCCACCACGGACGCGUACGUGGCGCACGCCAUCUGCCGGGCCGACCGCAGGGUCGUCUUCCUGCUCACUGACUUCAGGGUGUUCCUGCUGAACCGCAACGAAAUCUUUGGAAACUGGCAGGUGGACUGGACUUACAUGUGGAAGGAGCUGUCGGGGCCGCCGAAGUUGACGGCCAAGGGUCUGGAGCUGCGCGUUCCCGCCGCCAAGAAGGGCUUCUCGCUGUUCGGCGGCUCGGAGGGCGCCAAGACUGUGCCCAUCACCGACAAGACCAGCGCCGAGUGGAUGAAGAACAAGAUGACGGAGACGAUGCAGCAGUACAACGUCUAGCCGCCACAGCGCGGCUCCCUCCGCGCCUCGCUGAGCUCGCGGUCCCAGAGCUCCUGCCACGGAGGCCGCCGAAGCCCGGGCGCCGGUCUGCCUCCUGCGACCGGCCGUCGCGGGCAGCGGCCGGACUCGCCGCGCCCUCUGUCUGUGGCCACGGCCGCCUCCCUGUCGCGCCCGCGCCGCCCGCCUCACCCUCUCUCGUCGUCCUGCCUUGUCUCUGGCGCCGCGCUCUCGGCGCCGACCUGCGUCGCUGUCACCGGGCGCGGCUCUUCAGCGCCUGCCGCUACGGGCUCCGGGCCCGGCCUGGCCUCGGGGCCAGGCCCGCUUCGCUGGGUGCCACUGCGCGGGGCGGCAGCUUCCAAGCCGCCAGUGGGAGCUCUGUGUCGCCUGGUGGUGGCGCCCCGCGCGCCUGUCCGCGGGCGUGUGGCCAUGCGUUUGUGUGUGUGGGUUGGCCGCUGUGUUGUCUGGUUAUCACUGGUGCGCCAGCGCACGUCGCAGCUGAAUCAAGUCGAACCCGGCGUAGUUAGCAGAAAACACCUUACACCACCUGACUUGGUGUGGGCACUGUAGUUAAUUAUGUCCGAAGCUAAGUGACGGAAUUGCACAGGGUUUGGUUUUUUACAUCAAGCAAAUUGUGUGUGGUAUUUAAUGUUCCGGUACUGUUUUCUACGGACUUUGUAACUGUCCUCCUGGGAUUUUUGCUUGGCCGUUGUAUGGGGAUGUGUAAGAUUAGUGGGAAAGGUUUCGCUGCAUUAGACCCGCUUCCAAUGUCAGAUGAGUAUAUGGUUUCAUUGCGACCUGCAUAUCUAUGGUCCCCAAGAAAUGAUUGUCUGAGCACGCUAUAGAGGCUGAGCUGUGCAAACAUCACUGCGCAUGGAAUCGGCAUGCUGCGGUGGUAUGCUAGUCUUUGGUUGGCCAAAAUUAUGAGGCGGCAUUGUUCCCUAGGAACCUGCAAAGUCGUGCAGCCCUGUGAUGCAUACUCCAAAAGGUGCGAAGCGCCGUUUCGUUAUCAAUAUCUUAUGGGAUGUUAUGCCUUGAAGGUAAAGAAAUGUUCAUUUUUACGGUUUGUUUGAGACUGAAAUGCAUUAUGUUGGUCGAUGCAGUAAUCAGUAUCGCGUGUUGCCAUUGGUGGCUGUAAGAUUUUGUUUUGUAAGCGUUUCUGCUUAGGUGUUUCAAAUAAAGCAUGAUCUACUUCGAA